CCGCCCCCUCCCUUUCGACGUGCCCACGCUGACUCCAGUCACAUGACCUCUCUGGACCAAUCAGAAGCGGCGGCUCCGGUUGAAUUGCGGGUUCAAAAUUGUAUCGGUUAAUUUUGUAAAAAGUUGCGAGAGUUUGAUCGAAUCCUUCUUUCACGGAUCAAUACAUCUGAAUAUUGUCAUAACUGACUUUAUUUAACAAUCUAACAUGGCUCAUAAACAGAUCUACUACUCGGAUAAAUACACAGACGAUCUUUACGAAUACCGACAUGUGGUCUUACCGCGAGAACUGGCCAAACAAGUGCCCAAAUCUCAUCUGAUGUCCGAAGAUGAGUGGAGGAGGCUGGGGGUGCAGCAGUCGCUCGGAUGGGUCCAUUAUAUGAUCCAUGAACCAGAACCUCAUAUUCUGCUGUUUAGGAGACCUUUACCCAAACAAUGACACUGACGCAUGUCUCUUCUAGAACAUUCCGGUGGUUUUCAGUGAAUACUGGAGAACUUAACCAUGUUUUUGGACUCCUGUGACCAUGAUGCUGCGUUUCACGCUUGAACGGAAUCGAGGGAUUGUGGGAAAUGUAUUUUCAGUGAAAAUUCAAGGGCUCUUAAAAUCAUGCGACUCAAGUGCCUCUCUAAGUGAAGAUGAACCUUUAAAGAUUUGUGUUGAAUAAAAGUCUGUGCUGCAUCAUCAGUGUUUAGAAACCUAAAUCAGUGUUUAAGCAGCUGAGCUAAAUUAAUUUUUGGGAUAAAAGAUGCACUGUACGCUAACGGGAGAUGUGUAUCUAGUUAAUGCAUUGGCCAUUCUCAGGUGGAAAUUCUUAGUUUGCAUUAAUUCUUCAGGGAAGCCGAUUGUUAUACUGUACAGAUGCUUUAUAAAGUUUCAAAUGUGUUUAUAUCACGUAUAAAACUUUGUUAAAAAGGUAGUUGUAGAGGAUGAGCCACGAUGACAGCACUAUCAGCAACUGUGCUACUUGAGAACAGGGUUUAUAUGGAGAAAAAAAAAGUUUUGAGCCUUUAUCACAAAUUAAUUCUGAAAAAAGAAUACAAUUAUGACUGUGUAAACUGUUGUUUUAUCCUUGCUGCUCUUUAUAAUAAAAAAUAUUAAA